GGACAGCCUUUUUUUCAUUUUCCUUUUUCAACCCGCGUUUCGUGACUUUCGUCUCCGCCGGAGAGUGGUCGUGCCAUGCCCGGCAGCACCACCCCCCAUCAUAAACAGCGGAAGACGACAGGAGAGAAAAGGGAAAAGCGGGCCUCGUAAUACUCACAGUAGAAGGAGAGACUUUUGUUUUGUGGGGUGUGGCGUGGUUCUUCGUGAGCUCUCUACAUGGGCAACUGUUACGCUUGUGUGAGAGUACUAAGCUCGGAAGAUGACAAAACGUCAAAGAAGAAAAAACGAAGAAAGAAGGGACGGAAAGGACGGAAAGAACGAAGGCCCAAUCCUUUCGCCGAAGACCCUAUUCGGUCGCCGGCACCGAUCCGGGUCCUGAAAGACGUUGUCCCACUAGGCCACCGCACCCGCAUCGGUGACAAGUACGUACUGGGUCGCGAACUCGGCCGAGGCGAGUUUGGUAUCACCUACCUCUGCACUGAUAGAGAAACCAAGGAGGCAUUGGCCUGCAAAUCCAUCUCCAAAAGAAAGCUAAGAACGGCAGUCGAUAUCGAAGAUGUUCGCCGGGAGGUUGCCAUCAUGUCCAGCCUCCCUGACCAUCCUAACGUCGUAAGGCUUAAAGCUACUUACGAAGACAACGAGGCUGUGCACCUGGUUAUGGAGCUUUGUGAGGGUGGAGAGCUCUUCGAUCGGAUUGUGGCGCGGGGACACUACAGUGAGCGUGCAGCUGCUAACGUGGCCAGGACUGUUGCGGAAGUUGUAAAGAUGUGCCAUGAGAAUGGAGUCAUUCACAGGGACCUUAAGCCCGAGAAUUUCCUGUUUGCAAACAAGCGAGAGAACGCUCCUCUUAAAGCAAUUGAUUUUGGGCUCUCUGUGUUCUUUAAACCUGGGGAGCGGUUCUCGGAAAUUGUGGGAAGUCCGUAUUAUAUGGCGCCUGAGGUGUUGAAGCGGAAUUAUGGACCGGAGGUUGAUAUCUGGAGUUCUGGGGUGAUUUUGUAUAUUUUGUUAUGUGGGGUUCCUCCGUUUUGGGCUGAAACUGAACAAGGUGUCGCCAAGGAAAUCCUGCGAGGUGUUAUUGAUUUCAAGAGGGAUCCAUGGCCUAGGGUUUCUGAAAGUGCGAAGAGUCUUGUCCGUCAGAUGCUGGAGCCAGACCCGAAAAAGCGUUUGACUGCUCAACAGGUGCUCGAACAUUCCUGGCUGCAAAAUGCAAAGAAAGCACCCAAUGUUCCGUUGGGAGAUAUUGUUAGGACAAGACUUAAGCAAUUCUCUGUGAUGAAUAGAUUCAAAAAGAAAGCCAUGCGGGUAAUAGCAGAGCAUUUAUCUGUUGAAGAAGUGGAAAUCAUUAGAGAUAUGUUUAAACUAAUGGACACUGACAACAACGGAAAAAUAACAUACGAGGAAUUGAAGGCUGGGCUUCAGAAAGUUGGGUCUCAAUUAGCUGAACCAGAGAUGAAAUUGCUGAUGGAAGUGGCCGACGUUGAUGGGAAUGGCACAUUGGAUUAUGGAGAGUUUGUUGCAGUGACGAUUCACUUACAAAGAAUGGAGAAUGAUGAGCACUUCCGCAGAGCAUUUUUGUUCUUUGAUAGAGAUGGAAGUGGGUAUAUUGAAAUGGAUGAAUUACGGGAAGCCUUGACUGAUGAAUCUGGCCAAGUUGAUGCUGAAGUGUUGAAUGACAUCAUACAUGAGGUUGACAGAGAUAAGGAUGGAAGAAUCAGUUAUGAAGAGUUUGUUGCAAUGAUGAAAACUGGAACUGAUUGGAGAAAGAUGUCUCGACAUUAUUCAAGAGAGAGAUUCAAGAGCUUGAGCCUCAACCUGAUGAAGGAUGGCUCCUUGAAAAUGGACGAUGAGUUGGAUGGUCAAGGUGCUGUAGUUGGAGCCUGAGGGGAUAUGAUAUAUUUCUUUUUUGUUCUGCUGAAUAUUCCAUUGCCGCUAUGCAAGAUUCAUCAUUGAUAAAACCAUCACAUGGAAAUUAAGCCAUGGGAAGUUCGAGGUUGGUGACUGAAUAUGGUUUUGUUGCUGGGCUUCGGCUGUUUUUUCUUGGCUGCAGGAAGCAGAUAAUGGGAGGUCCUCUUAGUACUGGCUUGAGUUGUCCGGUUUUGCAAGGGAUUGAAGUGGUCUCUGUGACAGUUCUGUUGGAACUUGUAUCAAAUAUCAAGUUUCCUUGUAAAUUUGUCUGUAGUAUUUAUUUUUUCUUUUUUCUAACUUGUGCCAACAUGAAUGGGGUCUGUUUGGUGGCAUUAUGAGCAUUGUGGAGUUCUCAAUU